AUGUUCACAUCAGUUCCACCUAGAAAAACUUGGAGGAAAUCGAAGACAGUAAAAGUCACAAGAUCUUAUUCAACCUUCUCUUCCCUCAAUGCUUGGGGAGAAUUCAGGGGCCUCUUCUUGCCUGUGGAUGGGGAACCAAACCCUGGAGUAGGCCUGGGUGUAGAGGAGGGACUGCUCUGCCAGAUGAUUCAUUCUCCUGAAUUCAACCUAUUUCCUCAGUCAGUGGUGUUUGAAAGCAACUUUGUCCAGGUCAAAAGAAGAAGAAACUGGAUAAAAAUCUACAAAUCCUGCAACACCAUGGCCCUUGGGGUGACCUCUUCUGUGCCCUGUCUACCCCUUCCCAACAUCCUCCUCAUGGCUAGUGUCAAAUGGCAUCAUGGGCAAAACCAAACAUGGAAUAGACCACCUACAGCCCCAAAGAUCAAUCUGAAGAGGAUUCUCCCAUUGAAGUUUGUGGAGCUACGGGUCUGUGACCGCUUUCAACGCAUCCUGCGGUUAAGGACAGUCACAGAGAAGAUCUACUAUUUAAAGCUCCACCCAGACCAUCCUGAUACUGUCUUCCGCUUCUGGAUCCGACUGGUUCAAAUUCUGCGGAAGGGCCUGUCUAUUACCACCAAAGACCCUAGCAUCCUUGUCACUCACUGCUUGGUACCCAAGAACUGCUGUAGCCCAUCUAGAGACUCUAAGUUAGUUCGGAAGAAACCCAAAGCCUCCCAGCCCAGUGAGAGCCUCAUGCAGCUGAUGGCCAAGGCGGAGAGUGAGGCUCUCUCCCAGAUCUUUGCUGACUUGCACCAGCAGAACCAGUACAGGAGCAGCAAAAAGAUGGAGAUCAACAAGAGCAGCUCAGAAAGCGAUAAUCCCUGUGAAGAUUGUAUCCCUUGUACCCGGGACCUCAGUUGGAGGGACUCAUUCACUUUUGGAGAGUGGGAAAGAGAGAACCCUUCUGGGCUACAGCCCCUCUCGCUCCUCAGCACUUUGGCUGCCUGCACUGGGCCACAGCUGGCCCCACUCAUAGGAAAUUUUAUAUGAUCUACCCUCUUACACUGGGGAGAGUCUUAUGCAGCUCUCGCCCAUACAGCUCCGCAACUUUCAGCUGGGUGGGGGGUAUUCUCUCUGGACUGUGGGGAGGAAAAAGCUGCAACUAAGGGAAAACUAAAGUCAUGAUUGCACGCUGACAGCAGAGCCUUUCCUCACUCCAGCUGUGCCUCCCUCCGCAUCCUCACCAUCUCACGUGAGCACAGCCCAACUCCAUCCACAGACCAAGCAGGCACAGGAAGAAGGGCACACUCGCAGAAUGGCUGGAACCAAAGAGACAGAGAAAAGAAAUAUAAGGAAAGCAAACCCUCUCCAGAGGAGAGGCGGACGAGAGCAAAAUAGAGGUGAUGAGGAAGGUGACAGGAGGAAGUCUGAGAAGAAGACAGACACAAAGAGAAAUGAUAGCAGAAGGAAACAGAAGAGAUGUGGGAAGAGAGAUAAAGAGGACCAGACAAGAUACCUAUCACUGAGAGAUGCCUCGUCAAGCUUCUAUUUAUCUAAUUUAAAACU